AUGGCUCCUCUGGCUAAGACUCUCGCCCUCGCCGGCGCCCUUUUUGCCGCCCUCGCCUCGGCCGCUCCUGUGCAAAAGCGCCAGGAUGUUGUCGUGAACACCCGCACUACCGUUGAAUGGACUACCGUGACGGUCACCACGACCAUCACCACCGACCGACCUGUCCAGACUCAAGCUCAGCCCACUGUCUCUGUUCCUGCGUCCUCCACUCCCGUCGUAACUCCUGAGCCUUCCCAGCCCGCUGAGGUUCCUGGCGAGUUUCACGAGAGUGAGGCCCCCGAGCCCCAGCAAUCUGCAACCAUCCAGCCGGUUUGGACUCCCACCCCGGCUGAGUCUACUACCUCUGCUACUCCCACUCCGGAGCCUACCGAACAGCCGGAACCUACCGAGCAGCCAGAGCCCACCACCACCAGCAACCCUCCUGUCGUGGUCCCGACUUCGUCUAGCACUACCUCUGCUGCCCCUCAACCUACCGCCAGCAGCCCCAGCGGUAGCAGUAGCGGAUACACCGGCACCUGCUCCAAAGACUCCCCGUGCAAGGGUCAGACCACCUUCUACGACACUGCCACUUCUUCCCUCGCCCCCAGCAGCUGUGGAUACACCAACGAUGGCAGCACCGAGGACGUCCUGGCCCUUCCCGUCGGCAUGAUGAAGGACAGCGACUGCGGCCGCAUGGUGACCAUGCGCUACAAUGGCAAGGUCGCUUCCGGCAAGGUCGUUGACAAGUGCAUGGGCUGCGACAGCACCUCCAUUGACGUGUCGCGCCACAUGUUCGGUUUGGUGGCUUCCGAAGAUGCGGGCCGCCUCUUCGAUGUUGAGUGGUUCAUUGAGUAA